AUGCCGAAUGUGCCCAAGGACAAGCACCAGAGAGUUCACACACAAUGCCAAAUAUGCUCAAGAACAAUACCAGAAGGUUUACAAUGCCAAGGACAAACACCAAAGAUUCAUACACCAAAAAAAUACCUAAAGACAAACACCAGAAGAUCCACAAUGCCAAAUAGAGAAUUCACCUUAUAUUGCCGGAAGAGCACAGAGACACACUAUAUAACGUCAAAAGUUUCUAGAAUAAACACACUGAAAAAGCUCAAAGAAACACUAAAGAAAGUACUGAAAAUACCCGAGAAUUCCAGAGAACAUAUUAAAAAAAAAGGUUACUUCUGUAGAAAUGCUGAAGAAACAUUCUAA